AUGAAAGUCUUAAUCGUAUUCGCCCAUCCAGAACCAAAAUCGCUGAGUACAUCCCUCAAGAAUGUUGCAAUCAAUGAAAUCAAGUCUCAGGGCCACGAAGUCAAGGUUACUGACCUUUACGCCGAAAACUGGAAUCCAUUGAUUAAUCGCAGUGAUUUCUUGAAUCUUCAACCGGAUAAGGCUAUGAGAAUAUGUGACGAAUCUGGUGAAGCUUAUGCUGCAGGCAUGCUGACAGAAGAUGUAAAGCAAGAGCAAGAGAAGCUUAAGUGGGCUGACGUUCUAAUUUUGCAAUUUCCCUUUUGGUGGUUUUCCAUGCCAGCUAUACUCAAAGGCUGGAUUGAUCGCGUAUACUCCUCCGGCUUGGCUUAUGGUGUUGGUGAAUAUAACGAUGAGAGAUCCGGAGAUCAGUACGGCGAGGGAUCCUUCGCUGGUAAAAAGGCAAUGCUCAUCGUUACUGUAGGUGGCCCCGAAAAACAUUAUAAAAACCGGGGAAUCAGUGGUGACAUUGAUGACUUACUAUUUCCUAUCAAUCAUGGUCUUCUAUUUUAUCCUGGCUAUAGCGUCCUUCCACCUUUCAUAGUGUACGAUGCUCAAACUGCGGGUGAGAAGGACUACGAAGCCGCCGCUGAGAAAUUGCGUGAGCGCAUACGCUCCAUAGAUACUGAUAGUCCAAUUCCUUACCGUACACAGAAUGGUGGUGACUACGUUUUUCCAUAUGUCACUUGCGAGAUGAUAUUGAGCCCAAUUCUACGUCCUUUUCUAUUCAUCAGAAAGGGUCAACAUAGAAUUGAAAAGAGCCAUGUGAGACAUGAGGGGCCGAUUUAUCAAUAUCGAUGGAAAACAGUAAAAACUGCACGAAUACUCGAUUGCUUGAAAUUUUGGACUUCAACUGAUCUGUGA